AGCAAGCCAGAGACAGCCAGAGAAAGCAAGGAGCAGCAACUAAGACGGCUGAGAACUAAGUCCGGGCGUGGGAGCAAGGAUCACACCCUGCACCCAACAGCCGGGGCUGGUCCUACCUGAAGAGGGGGCAGCUGGCCAGGAGGUGAGGCCAAGGGGCUGGCUGGACCAGACGGUCGAGCUGGCACGAUGCUGGGGGACGGGGUGGGGGCCAUUCCCUUGUGUGAAGGCUGAGCUCAGCAGCUCCUGGCUGGGGAUGGGAUGGCACUGUCCAGUGCUGGGCACACUCGGCUGAGGGAGCAGCUGGUGUCCCUUUGGUGCCUGGGUUUGCCCCCAAGCGAUUGCCCUCUUCCUGGCUUUUCUGGGUCUGACAAGCACAUCUAGCUUGCUAGUCCCUUCCUACCUGGGACAGGGAAUUUUGUUCCCAACUUGUGGAAGCCUGCGCCUAGAGGACUUGUUUCCUUUCCCACUUCGAAGGCUGCCACUAACUCCUGCCAGACAACUCCUGGGGUGGGGGUGGGAUCUGCUGUCCUGGGGGUUGGCUGCCACCCAUCCCCACCCCACCAUGGCAUCUCUGAUAUUGGUCUGUAUGCUGUGGCUGUGGCUGGGGAAGCUGCCCCUGCUUGAGACGAGCACCCACAGUGCCCCAGAAAACGUGUCCCACGUCCUCCACCACUGCCCAAAAGUGUGCAUCUGUGCAUCAGAUCUGCUGAGCUGUUCCAACCGACACCUCCAUGUUGUGCCUGUACCUCUACCUGUCAUGACCACAGUGCUGGACCUUAGCUAUAAUGUCCUCCCCCACCUCCACCCUGGUUGGCUGGCUGCCUUGCCCCGCCUGCACAUCCUUCGCCUGGCCCACAACCAACUGAGGAGUCUGAGCCGGGGCACUUUCCACAACGCUAGUGGACUCCGCCGUCUUGACCUGUCCUCCAAUGGCCUACAUGUUGUGGGCCACCAUGACUUUGAGGGGCUCACAGGGCUAGAGGAGCUGCUGCUCUACAACAACCACAUUGGCUUUGUGGACCACAGCGCCUUCCGGGGGCUGGGGAGACUCAGCCGGCUCUACUUGAGCUGCAACCGCCUCACCACAUUCUCCUUCCACGACCUGCAUGGACUGAGCCCUGGGCAGCUGCGGGUCUUGGACCUCUCCACCAACCGGCUGGCCAGCAUCCCCGUGAAUGAGGUGGUCACCCUUCCUGCCUUCAUCAAGAAUGGUCUUUACCUGCACAACAAUCCUAUCCGCUGCGGCUGUAACCUCUAUCAUAUGCUGCUCCGUUGGAGACAGCGGGGCUUCAGCUCUGUUUGUGACUAUCUUGAGGAACAUGUCUGCAUCGCUUUUGACGUGCCCUCCUCUCGAGUGCGAUUUUUCACUCACAGCAAGGUCUUUGAGAACUGUUCCUCACCAGCCCCUGGCCUAGAGCAGUCAGACGUCCACCUGGAGGUGCAAGUGGGCCAGCCCCUGCUCAUCCACUGCGAUGCAAGUGCUCCGGCUGCCCGAUACGCAUGGGUCUCCCCAAGCAAUGAGCUCCUUGUGUUCCCAGGCAACAAAGACAAUACCAUCCGGGUGAUGAGUAAUGGCAGCCUGUCCAUCAAAGAGGCCCAGCCCAGCCAUACUGGUGUCUUCGUGUGCCUGGCAGCCGGGAGUCGUCUUCACCAUAACCAAACACAUGAAUACAACGUAACUGUCCGCUAUCCGCCGCAUGAGUCUGAACCCUUCAACACGGGCCUCACCACACUGUUGGGCUGUGUGGUCAGCCUGAUCCUGGUCUUGCUCUAUCUUUUCCUCACACCCUGCUCCUGCUGUUGCCGCUGCUGCCGUCCUGUGCCCCUUGUUCCACCCCAGGAGUGCAGCGCCCAGUCCUCCAUCCUCAGCUCCACCCCACCUGCCGCUGACGGACCUGGUCGCAAAGCCAGCACCCACAAACAUGUCGUCUUCCUGGAGCCAGUCAAAGAAGGCCAGAAUGGCAGGGUUAAACUGGCCGUCAGUGAGGACUUUGACCUUAGGAACCCUAAAAUCCUGCAGGUCAAGUCAGACUCGGAAUCCAUCAGCUCCAUGUUCUCUGACACACCUAUCAUGUCAUAGUGAUGACAGGGCAGUCAGGGUUGGGGGGAGGCCUGGGGCAGUGGAGGUCCUCCAGAUGGAUGGACCAUGCCUGGCCUUGGGGGGUAGAGGAGCACCAUAUACGUCCAGAGUCCCGGGUUUUCCUCUUUGUAGAUCAAUACCUGUGCUGCUCCAUCUGUCAGCCUCGCCUGCAUCCCAUCCCCUCCUAUCCAUUAAACACAACUCAAACUUGCCAGAAACAAAGCCAUUAGUAGCUGCUGACAAUGGACUUAAUCUCUCAUCGGGACCAGCCCAAAGGGUGGGAGCACAGGGGAAAAUGGCCCAGGGUCCUCUCUCUGUCAAAGCAGAAGCACCCCUCAAAGUGGGGAAGGUGUGUUGGCAGGCUUCAGGGAAAAAGCCAGAAGACUUGCUGUUUUCCUGAGCGCAUCGCUAGACAGUCUGUACCACUGUGGGGAGGAACUGUCCCGGGGGGCCAUUUGGGCUGUUUGAGGGCCAAGCUUCUCUGCAGCUGGAACUCUGCCGAGGGUGGUUUUACGUAUCACCUGCCCCCAGCCCAAGCCCUAGGCUGGGUUUCCAAGAGUCUUCUAUCCAACACACAGAACAAACAGUCCCUGCCCCCAAACUCUAGAGGCUGGAGCUGAAUUUAAGCAGUUCCCCAGCUGCCAGGAUGCCUCCAGGCCCCUGAGGUCAGUCCAUCCCCUGCAUCUACAAAACAAACAAGCAAACAAACCUUCCUGGCUAAAAAGAAAUCCCUCCAGCACACCAGGGGCUGGAGCUCAAGUCUGUACAGACUCGGUCUGAGCCCCCCAUCCAGGGAGAGAACAUCUCUCACAGAUCUGGGCUCCCUAGAAGCUUCAGCGCCAUGCACCUCCCCUCCAGGAGGGGAAUGUUUUCCUCUUAAGAACAGUCUUUAUGACUUUUGCAGCAUUAAUACCUAGGCCAGCUCACACUGCAAGAGACAUGGGGCACAGGAGAGGAAGGGCCUCUCAGAAGGAAUAGAAAUAGCUGAACAAGGGAAGCAAUGUGAACAUUUCUGGGCCCUGACUGCCCAGGAAUUUAUCUACCAGGAAAGAAUCUGCCUCUAAACUGAUCCAAGUAGGGGCAUGGUUGGAUUCCCUGAGGUCUUCCUCAAAGCUGAUUCUGCAUUAGACUUCCCCCUGCUCCCCUCAGGACUCCUCCCGGAACAGGAGGGGAGGAGGGUUCAGACUGACAGGGAAGUGGAUGAGCCCCUACCCUCCUCAGAACUUGGUAUGGUCCUCUGAGAUCAACACUCCCCAAGAAGAGCAAAUUUGGUCGAUGUUGCUGAAGAUCCUGGCAGCUGGGUGAGAAUCCCUGAGCUAACACUCCCAUUGUCACCCUGCUCCACGUCUCCAUGCAGCAGUCCUUGGUAGUUCUGCAAUUAUUAAAUAAAGGCCCCAAGGACAGUCA